AUGGCAAUAUUUAAAUUUGAUAUAUUAAAUUUGGAGUCGAUUACAUUUUUACCAAAUUUAUCAGUUUCAUUCGAUUCCUCUUUAACUGAUAAUAAUAAUAUGGCAGUAGAUCUCUCUAAAUAAACAAUUUUACUUUAACAACCUAAAGUAUUAAGUAAGGAUUUAUAUAAUGUUGCAAAUAAAUUUUAAGACCUUGGAAGUGCCUUAAUAAUAGGUUUAGGAUCUAUUAGUGUACUAAUGUUAUUCUUUGGAGAUCCAUUAUAGAGUUUAGAAAUUUUUGGCACUUUACACUUUAAAUCAUAUUUAAAAUUUGUAAAUGUAGUUUACCCUUAAAUUCUAUAAUUAUAUUUUAAUUCAUGUGAUAUUGUAACAGUUAAUCUUAAUCUAAUAACAUUUAAAAUAAAAGAUGUUUUUAAUACUGUAAUUUAAAAUAAUUUUAUUUGAAGCAUAGGUAAACUUUAAAAAUACUAAAUUAAUGCUAAUCUAUUCAUAAAUAUCUAGAGCUAGAUAUCCUAAAUUAGUUUAAUUGUUUCCUUGUAUAUAAUUUAGUUAUUUUAUCCAAGAUAAUUUAAUAAUUAUUGUUUUACAUCUAAAUUUAAUAUUUUAUUAGCUCAAGUAAAUCCAGAAUUUUAGAAAAGUUAGGAAUUAAAUUUUAUAAAUUAAAUAAAAAAAUUAUCAAUCUAAGAAAGCUAUAUACUAUAGAAGGAUUUAAGCAGUUAUUUUAUGUGAACUCUUGGGAUUUACUUUUUAAAGUUCUUCUAUUUAUAAUAUCUAAUACUUAACAAGGUUAUCGAUCAAUUAUAUCUUAUUGUAUUUGUUUUUUAGUUUUAUUUGUGUCCAUAUUAUUGUUAUGUUAGCAUCUUAAAGGAUUAAAUAAAAAUUUUGAUUUUUCUAUACUCAGAAAUGAAUAAUGUAUUUACUAAUUCAAAAAACUAAUAUUUAUCUUAAUAUUCAUUGAUAUACAAGAAAGUGAUAUAUUUUAAUGUACUAUGAUAACUUUGCUAAUUUUAGUAUAUAUUGGAUUCCUAUUCAUGAUAAAAUAAAAUAUUCCAAAGAUAGAAUUAAUUGGGUAAAUUUGAUGGAAGCUCUAGUAAUGCUUUUGUUAAUCAAAUUAAUUGUUUUUAUUAUAAAAUGACAAGUUCAGUCUAUUUUUCUGAUUUUUAACACAAUUUGACAAAUGAUUUAAAAAUUCUAAUAGGUUUUGGUUAAAUUUAACUUUUGAUUCUUGGUUUGUUAGGUCUACUAAUUAAACUUGGAAAUAAACUAUACAGAGACAUUUAGUAAUAUUAUCAAAGGAAAUAACAGAAUCAUGUAAUCAUAUUUGAUGUUUAUAAUAUUUAAACUUUUAUAAAAUCAAACAAAUCAAAUGAUAAAUCAUUAUUAAAACAUAAUAUCAUAAUUUAUUUUAGGAUUAACCCAAUAUUAUAAACUAGGAUUAUAUAUUUAAAUAAAUAAUAUAACUUUUAUUAAAUUUUUAUUUAGAAAAGUUGUAAUCAAUCUUUUAAGUUAUACAAAACAUACAAAAUAAACAAUCAUCUGUAUUUUUAGAAUUCAAACUUUUCCUCUUUGAUAUUAUUUCUAAAUUAAGUUAUAAUUAAAAAGUCAAUAUCAAAGAUUUCCUUAAUAACAUAUUUUGAUAGAGAUAUUCCAUAAUUUUAUAGCUCUUUUAAUAUCAUUAUAGAAUUUUAAUCAAAUAAUCUUUUAUUCAUUAUUUCUUUUUAAUACAUAAUUGAAUUUUUCAAAUUGAUAUCAAGAUAUAAGGCGCCAAAAAUUGGAAUUAUAGUCAUCAAAUAAUUGGAAACCUACAUCUACAUAGAUAGAUAUAGAACCGUAAGGCAGGAUCUGGAAGCCCUGGGCUAGUUGAGGAAGAGCCAGUAGUUGCUUAAGAUCUCUCUGCCAUUUUGGAACUUAUUAAAGACUACACAUUUUCUGGAAUUCUAAGGAUAAUUUGGAAUUUAUGACCAAAACAAGGAGGAAUUGAUUAGAGUUAUAUCUAAUAGCUUAUCCCAGUCUCAUAAAUAACCAGAUAAAAAAUCCAGACAAAAUUGA